UAAGAUAUACUGUUUUUUAAGGGUGUUCUUUUGGUUCUAGUGACAGAUUAACAACAUUUCUACAUUAAGAUCACGAGAAACCCUCUUGAGAACGCGUCUAUUCAUUUUUGCGGCCUUUGAAACCAAGUGUGGUGAAAGAGUGAAGCGAUUCUGAACAAGAGGCCCGAGUUUCAUUCCACGCUUCACUUUCCUUAUCUCAGUCAUUUCAGCUUUCGUCCCCGCGCUGAGUGGAAGGAGUCCGACUUUAUCUUCGCCAUGGCCGCUACUGGAGGGAAGGCAGAGGCUGGAGAGGUGGAAGUAGCAGUGGAGGAGCCUUCAGUGACGGUGGAAGGCGUGGAGGGGCCAGAGAGAGGGGGAGUGCAGAUCACCGUAACCACUAACCUGUACAAAUUGCUUCCCUCAACCACACCUGUGCAUUCCACAUCUGACAUCUGCACACCUGUCCACUCCACAUCAUCUGCAUCCACAUUUGGCCCGGCCUCGAUUCCUGCCUCCCUCUCCUCCUCCUCCUCCUCCUCUUCCAUAGCCUCCUCCCUCGUCAUCUACUCUCUCGUUAUAAGGGAGGAUGGGAAAUCAGAGCUCGAUUUGCCCUUCCCUGUUAGAAUGCAGGUGGUCGAGUCCUUGAAGGGGAGGUAUCCUGAGGUCUUCCAGGGCCAUGUGCUGUCCCUGGGCCCUGGAAACACUGCCUAUAGCUUGGAAGAUAUCAUUUACGCUUUCAAUACUAAGUUUCUGGUGGAUGAGGUGGAAGAGAAUGGGUGGGGGCGAACCUUUGCUGUGGAGUUGAGGAAAGAGGGGGAGGUGCCUGUGGGGGAUGUGGUGGAGGUGGUGCGGCGCCCCCCUCCCCCCGGCACCACCACCGCCACCACCAGUGCCGCCUAUGUUGUCAAGGUCCUGGAGGCAAUGCUACACUACAGCCUAUCGCUACAAAUGGAGAGGAGGGCAGGACUUUACUUUCCCUACACCCCAGCCUGUCCUCACAUCUCCCUUACCCCCGGCAGGCAGGUCCAGAUGAGUUACAGGGCCUGCCUUACUCCUGCUUCAUCUCUCCUUCUCUCCUUAGAUGUGUGCCAGCCAGUAGUGACCAAAGCAGUAUCUCUUCUGGCUUUCCUGCGCACCGAUCUAGGCUGGCAGGAAAGUGACCUACAUCGCCCUAUGAUGAAGAACACUCGCUAUGAACUCUCCCUGCUUCUUCGUGACCUCAAGGUCAGGGUGACACACAGCAGGGUGCGGCGGGUGUACCGUGUGGUGGAGGUGGCAGCGAAGGGUGCAGAUGUCAUCCUGAUGUACCUCCACAAUCAGCACUCGGCCUCCACUACUCGCUGGACGGUGGAGCAAUACUUUCUCCACUUCUACGGGCUGUCUCUCCGCUACCCACGCCUCAAUUGUCUCCACGUGGCGCCCAAACAGAGGUUGAUCUUCCUGCCGUUGGAGGUAUGCGAGUUGGUUGGGGGACAGAGAUUGGGGAGUUGGGGGGGAGGGUGGUCACCAGAGAGGAAGUACCCCUGGAACCCCCAUCAGGACCCCCACAGGGACCGCUACUGGGACCUGGGACCCGAGGAGAGGCAGAAGCACAUCGCGGCUCUGGUCAGGUCACCCCCACUCGCUCUUGACCCUGCCCUGACCCGACUUGGCCUCAGGAUUGAGCAGGAGGCAGUGGAGGUAGUUGGCAAGGUGCUCCCCCCUCCAACCCUGCUGGCAAGUACCCGUGUGGUUCCUGAAGGAGGGAGGUGGCAGCUUGGACAGGGUGUGGGUCUCUACAAACCAGCAACACUGCACACUUGGUCUUUGGUUCAGUAUGAUGUGCAGGGUUUGAAGAGAAAUACACUUCAUGAAAGGUUCCUGCAGCGUCUCAGGGAGGUGGGCAGGGCACUAGGGAUGGAUGUGAGGCAGCCUUCUGUAGAUGUCGUUCGAAAAGCCACCAAGCCCCUGGAUGACCUGGUGGCCCUACUGCGUUACUACCCAUACUCCCAGCUGACCUUGUUCCUCAUGCGACCUGGUGUGCCUUAUCUACAUGAGGACACUAAGCAUGCUGGGAAUUUCAUCUUGGAGCACGUGACUCAAUGUGUGGCUCCAGAUACCUACAGGGACAAGCUGCAGGACGACCAAGUGAUGACCUCCCUCCUCCUGCAGAUGAAUGCCAAGUGUGGUGGUGUCAGUGUGGCUCUUGAUUGGCCCGCCCUCCUCCCUGCCUCCACGUUGAUGUGCAAGCCAGUGUUGGUGGUGGGGGCUGCCAUGGACGGACACCCGAAGAACUUCCCCCGCUCGGCCUUCCUGGCGGCCAUGGUGGGGAUGAUGGCCAGGGAAGGCGGCCCAUGUGUUACGCUGGUCCACCCACAACACCGGCAGCACUGCAUCGCCAACACCGCUUCUAAUUUUGAACGGUUGCUUCUGAGGUACUAUGAGACAAACCACACCAAGCCCCAGAGUUUGCUAGUCUACCGCCUCGACUUGCCGCAGGAGGAGCUGGAGCGCGUCACAGCAUGGGAGGCCACAGAGAUCCGGAGGGCCUGUAGUGGCAUGCAGGUUGACGGGGAGUACCAGCCGCCCAUUACCUAUGUGUGGGUGUCGCGUUCCCACCACACAAGGCUGUUCCGAGGGCCUGGCGGAGGUGGAGGUAAUAUUCCCCCUGGCACUGUGGUAGAAGGCGACAUCAUCCAUCCAUCCAUCAGGGGCUUCUUCCUCUCCUCUCAUCUGAGUGACAGUGGCACCACCAGACCCACUGAGUACCGAGUGGUGUAUGACGAUAAUCACCUGGGUCUUGACGAGCUGCAGACAGUCACCUACGCCCUGUGCCACCUUCACGCCAGCUGCUCCCAGGCGGUCUCUCUCCCCGCCCCGGCCGCCUAUGCUCGCCAGGCUGCAAAAUUUGCUCGGCAGAUCGCGUCCCGGCAGGAGGGUCACGUGGCACAGCUGGAUGAGUUGUAUGACCCAGUGCCCCUCGUGACCUUGACCUCCACCAUGGACCACUACAACACACUGCACACUAAGCUGUACUACCUGUAGACACACACACACACACACACACACACACACUCAUUUGAAGUUUUGUUU